UGGGGGUUCAUACCAAAGAAUCUGUUAUACAGUAGGCAAAGUACGUCAACUAAAUAAACCCAUAAUGACCUUUUUUUGUGUCCCAAUUUUCCCUUCUAUAAACCAAACCCUUUGCCAUUUCCCAACAUUCAAUCGAACCCUCCUUUUCAACAUCCAAGUCUUAAAAAUUCUCUAAGAGAUCAAAACCCCAAAAAGCAAAAUCAAUGGCCGCCAAAACCAUGAAUGGAGCAACAAUAAUUGUAGCAACCUUAAUGAUUGCAAUGUGUCUAUGGAAAGGAGCAUUGGCACAAUCAAGUUGCACCAAUGUGCUGACUAGUAUGUCUCCAUGCUUGGAUUACAUACUAGGGAACUCGUCGACCCCCUCGUCUUCGUGUUGCUCUCAGCUUGCCAACGUCGUGAGGUCGCAGCCUCAGUGUCUUUGCCAAGUCCUUAACGGCGGUGGCUCGUCGUUAGGUAUCAAUGUUAAUCAGACUCAAGCAAUGGCUCUCCCUACUGCUUGCAAUGUUGAAACUCCCCCUACUAGCCGAUGCAAUGCUUCUUCUCCCUCUGGGUCUCCAUCAGGAACACCAGAUUCAAAUUCUCCUUCAGGCAGUGGUUCUAAGACGGUUCCCACGACCGACGACGGCACAUCCGCCGCGAACUCCGCCAAGCUGUCGGUUCCGCUUCUGUAUUCCGUGCUUUUCAUCGCGUCGUGGAGGGCUUCGAGCUUUGUCGCCGAUAUCUAAGCAACUCUAUCUGCUGCCAUUAGAAUAGAUACAUAGGGAUUACAGGUUUUUUUUAUUUUUUGUUGUUGGUUGUGAAUGUGAAUAUUAAAUUAUUGGGAGCAUUUUUUGGGGGGGAAAUUGUAUUGGUUUUUUUCCCUU